UCCAGCAGACGGCAGCAGACAAACACGCAGUGUGGCACUGAAUGAUAGAAGAAGAACCCGUGAGAGAUCACGUGGGAGAAACAUGGCGUCCUGCAGCAGGUUGCCCUUGCAUCCUUUUCUCUCCAGUACACCAGCACGCCUCAUCUGUAACAGAAAUGUCCAGGUUGAAGCUUCCACAGCAAAGAGUUUAUAUCCAACCCCCCUGCCGUCCCGGACCGCGAAGAGGCGCGCGGUCCACGGCACAGGAGAAGAUCCGAGCGCUCACUCGCGUCCAGCGCAAGAAGUACGUGAUUCACCCACAGACGCUUGCUCUCAACGCGGACAAAUGGUAUCAGCACUACACCAGAACGGCAUAUCUCAGCGGUGUACCCGAGAAGUACGCCGCGUCAACGAAUGCGGAGUCUGCGCCGGUGGUCGGUGAGUCAGUGUUGUCUGAGGGGCGAUCUGUCGCCCGCAACUCCAUCUUACAAGAACACUGGUACGUGAAGAAAGAGAGCGCUUUCAUCCAUAAAGAGCAAGAGCAAUUCGCCACCCCGUUUUUAAGGAACAUGGUGUGUGGUCUGAAAAACCUUCUGGCCAAAGAAAACCCCGUGCUGAGUCGCUCUAGCUUAGAUUUUGACCCUCAAGUCAGCUAUUACUGGUUGCGGGGAGAAAGGACUGUUGCAGAGGGCCCCAGGAGAUUCCAGAUUGAUGACAAACCUCAGUCAGAUCAGGAUCCCGCAGCAGCUUCCUGAGAGAUGUCUGCUGAUGUUCCUGUUAUCACUUUGGCUCCUGACCUGCUCCCCUUGUUCAGGAGACAGUUUGACAACAACAUCUUCAUAGGCUGGAUUUUGGAGUGAAGAGGACGUGAGCAGGCCAUUUGUGUCUCAGGCUGUCGUCACAGAUGGGCAAUUCUUCUAAUUUUUCUGCUAUCAGCUCAAUACUCUGGCUUUGAGUCCAAGGGCUGAUGGCAACAAUAGCAGGAAGAACUUCUGCUGGGGCACAUGAAGCAUGCGUCUGUAUGAGGGAAUCACAGACGGAGACAUUGUGGGCUCUUAAACUGCUGCUGCAGUUUUUAUUGAACAAACCACAGUUUUGAAAAUGCUGAAGUACAGAAAACAUAUGAUUGUUCUGCGUGUCAAUAAACAUAAUAUAUGGAGCUGCAUGUUAUUUUUGUCUUCAUUUAAGUUUAAGAACUUGUGUUUAAAGAAGUUUUUGUUUUGUAUUUAAGUGCCCAAAAUAGAACUGAAAAUCAAAAGAUUACACAUUGUUUGUUGAAGAAUCAAAUCAGUCAUAUUUGUAUUUAAAGGAAUCGGCCAAAAAUGAAAAUUGUAAUUUACUCACCCUCAUGUCAUUCCAAACCCAUAAGACUUUUGUUCAUCUUUGAAACGCAAAUGAAGACCAUUUUUUAGCUUUGCUCUUUCUGUUCCUCAAUUGAAAGUCCAAACAACCGAAAGCUUUCACACAUCACAAAGUACAAAAAGAUAUCAUAAAAGUAAUUUGCAUGAAUCAAGCAGUUUGAUCCAAGUCUUCGGAAGAGAUACGAUUGCUUUAUAUGAUGGAAAAACCUCAUUGGUUCUCGUGCGUCAAGAGAAGUUGAACUACCUUUGACCUUUGUGUGCGUGUUGAUCAAUGUUUAUAAAUUAAUAUAAGCAGAAAUUAAAACUGCAUUAUAUGAAGCGACUUAAUCCUUUAAUAAAGCCUUCAGAAAAAGAAUCAGUUUUAUCUUUAGUUGACCUUUAUUAUUAAAUUGACUUUCAAAAGGUCAUAUGAACACUUAAAACUUUAGCAAUAACACUAUAUUGAAGAUUAUGUAAACAUGCCUUAUA